AUGAAUUUUGGGUAUCGAUUCGUGCACUUCUUAUCGGUGCACUCGUACGGUGGAAUAACAACACGUCCACUUGUUAAAAACUCUUCCCCGAAAAUGUCUGACGUAAAUGUCGGCUUAAGAGAUCGUAUUUUUAAACUUUCAUUGGACAACUUUGAGUUACUGAAAGAAGUUGAUUGGGAAGUUCCAUCGAAAACUGUUGAGACAUGUCUGACGAAAGGGCAGAGUGAGAAUGAUUGCCGAAAUUAUGUAAUGGUGCUUCAUGAGUAUAACAAUAAGUUAUUAGCAUGUGGAACGUUCGCGUAUUCGCCAAAUUGUUCAUGGCGAAAUAUUGAGACGCUUGGUCUGAUUAAAUAUGAGAAAGGAGUUGGGAAAAGUCCUUUUAACCCACGAGCUAAUAUCACGACACUUAUGACAAAUGAUGGAAAGAUGUUCGUUGGAUCACCGACUGAUUUUUCAAGCUCUGAUUCAGCAAUAUUACGAGUUGAUAUGUCGAUCAGUAACUCUAAAAUCCUUAGAACGAAGCAGUACAAUUCCGAGUGGUUGAAUAGUCCACAUUUCGUCGGAAGUUUCGAAAACAACGACUUCAUUUAUUUGGUUUUUCGUGAGAUUGCUGUUGAAGUUGGUACCGAUAUGAAAGCUGUUUAUUCAAGGAUCGCUCGCGUCUGCAAAAAUGAUAAUGGUGGCCUACACAUUAGUAGAGAUAAUUGGACAUCGUUUUUGAAAGCGAGACUGAAUUGCUCAUUACCAGGCGAGUAUCCAUUUUACUUCAAUGAAGUUCAGGGAAUUUCAUAUUCGGCUGAUGAUGGCGAACUUUACGCAGUCUUUAAUACACCAGAAAACAGCAUUCACGGAUCGGCAAUUUGUGUAUUUAAUAUGACAUCGAUUGAAAAGGCUUUUAAUGGUCCGAUCAAGUAUCAAGACUCACCGGGAGCUGCAUGGCAACAAAAAAACCUGCUUCAACGAGACAUCUUUGAAUGUCGCUCUAAUCACAAAUCAAACUCGAUCGAUUUAUUAAAAUAUCAACUAAUGGAUGGUUCAGUACAAGCAAUGCAUUCAAAUCCUUUACAUGUUUCAAAACUUGAACGUUUUAAUCACAUUGCCAUCGACAAAGUCUCGACAAAACUCCACGAAAAUGUUCGAGUAAUUUACGUGUCCAAUGACAACGGUUUAAUUAAGAAAAUCUCCGUCUUACCACGGACCAAACAAUCGUGUUUAAUUGAAGUCAUGGAGCCGGAAUCUCGACGCGACGUCCACAUAAAAACAAUGGAAUUUGUGAAGGCCACAGACUCGCUAUAUGUUGGCACAGAAAAUUCUUUGAUAAGAAUUCCAUCUCAACGAUGUUAUCGACAUUUAUCAAAAGAAAGCUGUUUAAAUUCAAUGGAUCCAAUUUGUGGGUGGAAUGAUCUUCAAUUAAAAUGUUCGCCACCACCGAACAAUGACCCUUUAGCAAGUCAUUGGUAUCAGAAUGCGAAUGAGUGUCCCAUUUUAUCGAGUCCCGUUGACGGUGCAUUUUCUGCGUGGUCGCAAUGGUUUAAGUGCGCUAAAUCAGGUGGUGACGAGCCAAUAACUGGCAACGAACUAUCUGAUAGUAUUGACACAUGUUGGUGUCGUACAAGAAAGUGUGAUAAUCCGGCGCCGAAAAACGGUGGAAGAGAUUGCAUGGGAAUGUCGAUAAUGGUCGCGAAUUGUACUGUAAAUGGUGAAUGGACUGAGUGGAGCGCUUGGGGAGCUUGUAGUCAAAGUUGUGGUGUCGCAAUUAAAAGUCGUAAACGAUCAUGUGGAAAUCCAGCUCCAAAGUUCGGAGGUCGUGUUUGCAUCGGAAGUGAUCGUCAAGAGAUUUAUUGUAAUAAUCUUCCACCUUGUCCACUUCCAACAUUAAAUGUUCAAAUUGAUGGCCAAUGGGGACCAUUUGGUGAAUGGAGUGAAUGUUCGGCACCUUGUGGUGGCGGAUAUCGACUGCGACAAAGAAAAUGUGAUGAUCCAGCACCUCAAAACGGUGGUCUUGAGUGCAUUGGAUGCAACGCAGAAUAUGAAACAUGUAACAAGCAACCGUGUAGUGAAGUUGAAAAGUUAGGGCCAUGGACUCAAUGGUUGACAAUUAACGGAACAAGUAAAGUAGGUCAUAUUGAGAAACGCUUUAGAUAUUUGUGCAAAGCAACAGUCCCAGAUCCAUCGAAUCUUAAAAUUUCCCUUUUCAAAGAAGAAACAAGAAAUUGUUCGGUUGAAGGUUGCCAUCGCAUGGCAAAAACUUCUCAGAAAACUUCAUGGGGCUGUUGGACAGAUUUCUCAGCAUGCAGUGUGACUUGUGGUGUUGGAAGGCGAGUUCGAUAUCGAAAAUGUUUAUCAACAAAUGGAGAUCCUGUGAAUGACAAGGAAUGUGAUGGUCCCAGCUCUCAAGAUGAAAUCUGUGAGAUGCCAAGUUGUGAAUCAUUGCUUGGAUGGUCUGAGUGGUCAGAAUGGACUUCAUGUAAUGAAGAUAAUGAACGUACUCGUUUCCGUCAAUGUGUUGUUCGUCACCCGGGACCGAAAGAGUGUCUUGGAAAUGAACGUGAAGUUAGAAUUUGCAAUCCAUCGGUUGCACAGAAACAAGUUGUAUCUGCUUCGCUUGCGGUUCAUUGGAUAUUCAUAAUUAUGCUCGUAUUUGGUAUUUUUUGCGCAACACUUGCAUUCUUCGCGUCAAAGUUUUUUGUGGAAAGAAAGUUUAAUCGUCGCCGAACCAUUCAAGGGUCUCCACAUUACGGUGCUUAUCCAAAUCAAUAUUCAAGUUUGCCUACAAAAGAUUACGUUGAUAAUCGACCAAAACGUCAAUCUUCAUUUAAUGGUGGAAACAACUCGAAAGUUCACAAUGGAACGUUAACAAAAUCCAACAAUAUGUUGAACCAAAACACGCCGAAGAUAUUGAAAUAUCAAAAUGACACUGACAUGUCAACAUUAAAGCGAAACCCAGCGUUAAACAACAUGCUUAUGUCGUCAAUAACAAAAGUGUUUAAAUCAUUAAAUGGAGUAAAAAGAACACUCAGUACAACUCGUCAUUGCUUGACAAACUCAAACAAAAGAAGUUACGAGGAUGCUAUCAUUGCUUUAAAUUCCCUUCAACCAAAUACAGCUGAACUUAAUAGGUCGAUUCAAUUACGUCAACAACAAAAACAUAAUGAAGCAAAUUUUAACUUGACAGAAACUGAAAAAUUCCUUGAACGAAUUGAUGGUUUUUCGAUGAAGUCGUUAGAUCAUCUCUCAGUGAUUCACAUUUCAGGAAGUAAAGGAAAGGGCACAGUUUGUGCUUAUACAGAUGCUAUUCUAAGAGAGCAUAAUGUGAAAACUGGUCUGUUUACAUCACCUCAUCUUGUGUCAGUUACAGAAAGAAUAAAAUUGCGAGGAAGUCCUAUAAGUAAACAACUCUUCACUGAAUACUUUUGGGAAGUUUUUGAUGCGCUACAGAAGAAAAAAGACAGCGAAUUUGACCUCCCAUCAUAUUUCAAAUUCCUUCAAAUUAUGGCGUUUUAUAUUUUUGUCAAAGAAAAUGUCGAUGUUGCGAUUGUUGAAGUCGGGAUUGGAGGUGAAUAUGAUUCCACUAAUAUCAUUAGAAAUACUGAAAUAGUUGGCAUUACUUCGCUUCAACUUGAGCAUACACAACUUCUUGGCAAUACUCUUCAUGAAAUUGCAUGGCAAAAAGCAGGAAUUAUCAAGAAAUCGUCUCAUGCUUUUACAAUGCUGCAACCUGGUGUUUGCAUGAAUGUCAUUCGUCAACGAUUCAAUGAAAAGAAUGGAAAAACGUUAUCAGUGACGCCAGCGAUCACUAAUUAUAAAUGGUUAAAUACAUACCCAGAUUUCCAUAAAACAUCAGAGGUCAACAAGUUAAAUUUCUCUCUCGCUUCUCAAUUAAGCGCAUGUUGGUUGAGAAAACGAAAUAAAAUUCCUGAGGAUAUUUUUGAUGGAAAUGUUCUACAUUCAGUCGGUGAUAAGUUUGUUGAUGCAUUUCAACGAUGUCAGUUCGAAGGACGUUUUCAAAUGAUCGAACGAGACAAUAUCACAUUUUUUCUUGAUGGAGCUCACACGAAAGAGAGUUUAGAAAUUUGUCGUAAAUGGUUUGCGACGCAGAUUGAAGAUUCACAAAAUGUGAUCAACAUUUUAGUGUUUAAUGUCACUGGUGAUAGAGAUUCAGCUACGAUGUUAAGCUCAUUACAUUCCUUGAACUUUCAACAAGUUUGCUUUUCCACUAACAUUGCACAUAGUCAAAGUGACAACGAAAGAUUCGAAAACUUUAAUGGAACUUUAAAAAACACACAAUUGGAACGUUGUAUACGACAUAAAGAAAUAUGGAAAAAUCUUAAAGAAUCAAGUAGUGAAACUCAACUUACUGUGUGUCCAACAAUUAAACAAGCAUUUGAGAUAAUUUACGAAAUAAAAGAAAACAAUCCUGCACAAAAAAUCAACGCUCUCUUCACUGGAUCAUUGCAUCUUGUUGGCAGUACAUUAGGAUUGUUAAAUGAAUCAAGUGAUGCUGAAUCAGAUGAUGUUAAAAUGCCUAAAAUAUUUAGAAUCAUUACAUUAAAUAUAAGCAGCGCAAAGAAAGUUAUCAGCAUGCCAGAAUCAAAACCUGACGAUGAAAUUGAAAAUGUUAGAGUUGUUGUGCGAGUUAGGCCUCUUGAAACGAAUGCAGGAAAAAAUAUUGUUUCUGUUAAUAAAAAUAACAGAACAGUGACAGUCCAAAAACCAAAUACAACAACUAAUGAACCACCAAAAGUUUAUCAAUUCGACAGCGUCUUUGGUGAAGAUUCAACUCAGGUGAGUUUGAAAUCACCACGAGCUCCUAAACGCAUUACAAAAAGACUGUCAACCAAAAACACAACUGCGUUUAAUGUUGACAAAGCUCCCGAAGCACAUGCGGCAAACCCAAAAAAUCCCGCAAGAUUUAAAAUUGUCGAGUACUUCCAUGGAACACUAGAAGUAAUCAAAUUAGUGAAAUUGAAAGUUUGCGGUGAUUUCUCUAAUACUUACUUAUCACGUAAAGCUUUGGCAAUCAAAAAUGCUAAGCAAACAGUUGUGAACGUACCAAAGAUCGACUUGUACGUCAACACAGCGCGGCCAAUUGUCGAUAAAGUUCUUGAAGGUUACAAUGGAACAAUUCUCGCCUAUGGACAGACUGGCACUGGAAAAACUUACACAAUGGUUGGUGAUUCUGAUUCACCACAAACUAAAGGAAUCAUCCCGAAUACCUUUGCGCAUAUUUUUGGUCAUAUUGCCAAAGCAAAAGAGAAUGAAAAAUUCUUAGUUCGUGUAAGUUAUAUGGAGAUUUAUAAUGAAGAAGUUCGUGAUUUGCUGGGCAAAGAAUUGAAUAAAAGUCUUGAAGUGAAAGAACGUUCUGAUAUUGGCGUGUUUGUGAAAGAUUUAAGCGGUUACGUUGUUCACAAUGCUGAUGAUCUUGAUAACAUCAUGAAGCUUGGAAAUAAAAAUCGAGCUGUUGGAUCGACACUUGUCAACAUAGUUUCGUCACGAUCACAUGCUAUUUUCAGUAUUACAAUUGAAUCAAGUGUGACAGAUGAUGAAGGUGAGCAACAUGUUAAAAUGGGAAAACUCCAAUUGGUUGAUCUAGCUGGAUCUGAAAGACAAAGUAAGACGCAAGCAUCUGGAAUUCGAUUGAAAGAAGCUACAAAAAUCAAUCUUUCACUUUCGGUUUUGGGAAAUGUCAUCAGUGCUUUGGUUGAUGGGAAAAGUUCGCAUAUUCCAUACCGAAACUCGAAAUUGACGCGAUUGUUGCAAGAUUCGCUCGGCGGAAAUUCAAAGACCGUCAUGUGUGCAACGAUAUCAAGUUCUGAUUCAAAUUAUGUUGAAACUAUUUCAACACUUCGUUAUGCUGGUCGAGCGAAGUCAAUUCAAAAUCAUACUCAUGUUAAUGAAGAGCCAAAAGAUGCUUUGUUGCGACAUUUCCAGGAAGAGAUUGAAGAACUUAAGAGACAACUUGAAGAAGGAGUUUUUGAAGUUAAUUCUUGUGAUGAUCUCGACGAUGUCUCCGAAAAUGACGAAGAAAUUGAACUUGAAGAGAAUGAAAAAGAGACACGAAACAAAGAGAAACGUAAAUCAAAAGCUAAGAAAGAUGAAAUGGAUAAAGAAAAAACAGACGCUGAGAAAGAGCUUUUGGAACAAAAAGCUUUGGAGAAUGAAAAAGCUUUGAGACUUGCACAAAGUGAACAAGACACGAUCAGAGCUAAGUUGCAAUCGUUGGAAAAUAAAAUUCUUUCAGGAGGUGAAAAUCUUCUUGAAAAAGCUUACAAUCAAGAGAAACUUCUGGAGAAAUCGAUUGCUGAACUUGAAGAGACGAAUAAGAAGGAACAGGAACUUCAGCAAAAUCUUCAAAAAAUUGAAGCUGAACGAAUUGACAUUGAAGAACGUUAUUCGUCAUUACAAGAAGAAUGUGUUGGUAAAACAAAAAAGCUUCAGAAAGUCAUGUCAAUGUUGAUGGGAUUGAAAUCAGAGCUUGCAGAUCAACAACAAGAACAGCAACGAGAGAAGGAAGGAAUUUAUGAAAAUAUUCGAAGCUUGUCACGCGAGUUGGCUCUCUGCGAAUUGGUCAUUAACUCUUAUAUUCCAAAGGAAUAUCAAACAAUGAUAGAACGAUUUACAGCUUGGAAUGAAGACAUCGGUGAAUGGCAAUUAAAAUGUGUCGCUUAUACUGGAAAUAACAUGAGAAAGAACAUCACAGAUCAACCAAAGCAUUCCAGAGACGACAAGGAAUUUAUAGACUUAAGUCAUGUCUAUUUAAGCUACAAUACCGAUGGGUUAGCAGAACCAGUACAACAAAGAUCAAAGACCGCUCGUCCUAAAACAUCAAGAGCUUCUGGUGUUCCACGUUACUACCAUCGUUCAAAUAUUAACAAUUAAAAUAUUUUAAAUAUUUAUUUAGCACAAACAACUCCCACAUUUGAAAACUCCUUUUACUCCCACUCUGUCAGCUUUUUGAAGCACAAUUUACUUGUCUAGUCUUUUAUUUUUAAAGCAAAUGUAUUAAAAUGUAACACAAAUUAUAAGUGAAAUAAAAACGAAGCAAAAGCCG